UUUGGGGGGUAAAGCGCUGCGGCUUUCCCCCCGGCUUUUUAUGCCAUGGCCGGGCGCUUCCUCCUGCCCUUCGACGGAAGCGAGGAGGAGUCUGAUCAGGACUGGCUAGCAGAGCCGCCCAGGAUCCACCAGGCGGCCGUCCGUCAGCUGCCUUCUCCGCAGCGGUCGGUGGAGCACCGCCGCCCUGGGAAGCAGCUUCUGAGGCAGAGGAGCUUCCAUGCGCCCUGUGCCCAAGAUGAGCUGCAGCUGUGCAUCACGCUGGAGACUCCGGAGGAGGCUCCGCGGCUGCAAGGCCAGGUGGCAGCCAUGAAGUCCUCGAUGGGCGGCAUGCAGGAGCUGCUGCUCGAGCAGUUCAUCGAGAAGGACUACGACGACGACCUUCUUCUACUGACCGCCACGGACCAAGGUGGCAAUCUCGUGGGCAUGAUCUUCUGGCGCUACCUGCGCUCCUCGCACGACGAGUUCUGGCGACACGUUUUGGUGGACAUGGGCAGCGAAGCUUUGGCCCUGCGCACCCCGCCGGAGGCCUGGGUCUUGAUCGAGCUGCUCUGCACCGGCGACGCCUUCCGGGGCCGCGGGGUGGGCAAGCUGCUGCUCGUGGCCGCCCUGGCGUACUCCGCGGUCAAGGACGGCAAGCAGGCGGCGGUGCUGACGCUGGGCCGGGGGGACGCCAACCUGGCGGCGGCGGAGCUCUAUCGGAUUACCACCCACUUCUCGACCCCUAGGAAGCUGGGAUUUCAGCAAAUGCCGGACGAGCUUUUCGUGGAGCCGGAGGACGGCGCGGUUGGGGGACGGUGGGUGGACCCAAAGCACGUGCUGGUGCUCUGGGACAUUCGCCGUGGCUUGCGGCCUCUGACCAUGGACGAGGUCUCCGGCAGCAAGAAGGGCAUCCAUGUGCCCCAACUAGAAGUCGGCCAGGCCUCUGGCGCGGACUUGCGGCGACUGGACUCGGCCCAGUGCCGGGAGGUGGUGCAUCGCCUCACGGGAUGAGCGAGCCGUGUCACGGCUCGAGCGGCUCGAGUGGGGCGGCGGGGCUCCGGAGAGCCGGUUUCAACAUGUGAAGCCGACCAGGCUCAAUGGAGCAUGGGGCCUUUCGCCUCUUUGCAGGUUGGUUUGGAGAGAGAUAUGCCUCAGAUGCACGGCGACGCGACUUAGCAUAGCUUCCAGGCGCUCAAUUCCGAUGCGUCGGCUGCGGGCCCGGCGCUUUGGGUGCGAAAUAAAUUACA